AUGGGUCCGCGUCGCCGGAAACGCAAGCCCGAAACCCCGAAGAGGCGCAAUGCGAGCCCGAGCCCCGGCCCCUCACGGCGGGGUCCCUCCUUAGGUAACUCGCUACGGGCUUCCCCUCCGAGCCGGCCUCCUGCCGCCAGCCCCGCGUCCGAUUCCACAGACCAGAAAACCGAGGCCGCCGGCUCGCGGUCCCCUCCUGUGCCGGGGACCGGGCAGUUCUCCCGCAGCAUGCGCUCAGGGCACGGCCAAGUGCAGAGCCAGCGAGGGGCUGGAGGAGGCAGUUCCGAAACGGGGGAAGGACUGGCUCCUAACGCCAAUUCUUGUCACUGCUUGCGUUUAUCGAGCGCGGACCGCCAACGAGGCAUUGUGUUACACUGUUGUGCAAAGCGGAGACAUAAAUGGUUAAAGGAGAUCCGAACGCUUCAGAAGAACACAAACCUCUUGAUAAGGAGGCUACCCUUUGGCCGCCUGGCAAGAGAAAUAUGUUCUAAAUUCACUCGUGGUGUGGACUUCAAUUGGCAAGCCCAGGCCCUGUUGGCCCUACAAGAGGCAGCAGAAGCAUUUCUAGUUCAUCUCUUUGAGGAUGCCUAUCUCCUCUCCUUACAUGCUGGCCGAGUUACUCUUUUCCCGAAGGAUGUGCAACUGGCCAGGAGGAUCCGAGGCAUUGAGGAAGGACUUGGCUGA